GUCAGCGGUUACAGUUCCUGGAGAUGGAGGAAGAGAUGCGUCUCAUCGCUUCAUGGUGGCCAAAUACCAACUCGCAACCUUGCAGAAGAGCAGCAAAGAGGUGCUGAAUGCAUGGCUGAAAGCUGCCCCUGGGUGGCCGCAGGCGAUCAACGUGCUGCAGGCAUGUCAGAAGAAUCCGUCCCUGGAUGUGGUGCACUAUACCUUGGCUCUUCGGGCCUGUGCCAAGGCUUCGGAGUGGCAGGCCUCCAUUGCCACCUUCAGCUGGCUGCGAAGUUCCGAGAAGUUCCGCCUUGAUCACUACGUCUUUGCCUCCACCAUUGAUGCCUGUAGCCGCGCAGCUCGCUGGAGCGAGGCCUUGGCGGUCUUGAAGGAGCAGCCGAGGCCGUCUCUUGUUGCAUCUUCCUCCGCCAUGACUGCAUGCGAGAAGGCCGCUCGCUGGCCCAUCGCACUUGAAUUGCUCAAGAAUGUGAUCCAACGGAAACUUCAGCCGGACCGAAUUUGUUACAGCUCAUGCAUGAGUGCGUGUGAGAAAGGUAGCCAAUGGCAAGCUGCCCUGUCUCUCCUGAAGGAUCUUCGAAUGCAACGUGUGCAGGCCAACAUCAUCAACAUCAGUGCGGUCAUGAGCGCCAUGGAGAAAGCACACAGGUGGCGCGAAGCCUGUGACCUGCUGUCGCAGAGCCACGCCGAAACACUGCGGCCGAGCACCGUGAGUUUCUCCGCGGCCAUUAGCGCCGCGGAGAAAGGACGCGCCUGGUGGAUGGCACUGCGAUUGCUGGAGGAGGUGGAACGUGUGAUGGUGCGCACGGAUGUGGCCCUGCUAAGUUCUCUUGUGGCCGCCUGCGAUGUGGGAAACUGUUGGGCGCAGGCGUUGGCGUUGCUGCAUGGAAUGCCAGGUUUCUCCAUGCAGGCCAACGUGAUCACCCAGAAUGCAGCUCUGAGUGCUUGCAACCGUGCGUCUCAAUGGCAAAUGGCUCUCUCCUUAUGGACUAUGCUGCAGGAUGCAGACCAUACCAGCUGUGACUGUGUGGUUCAGUCUUGUGCUACAAGCUCCAGGUGGACCGCUGCUGCUGCUUUGCUUCGCCGAUCGUCAAGUUGGAACAGCAUAGCAGCAGCCUUGCAAGCUUGCUACUCUUGUCAUCACUUCCCAGCUGUGCUCGUGAGGCUUUAUGGCAUUCAGGUUCAGCUUCCUUCGGAUUCGUAUCUACCAAGCCUAAGCAGCCGCUCCUGGUGGUCGAAGGUAGCCUCGAUGCCGUCGAGUGCGUCGAGUGUCGACACUCGUGUCGACCUCGACGUGGCCUCGGAUCUCUGCCGGAGCUGGCUAAGCCUGAACGCCCUGAGAAAAUGGCACGGUGCAGAUGCAGAGUAUUGCGGAGGCCGUAGGCACCCGAUGGGCGAUGCGGCCGGGGACUGGAUGGCGGGACUGGAUGGCUCCAUGUCCAACUUCAACGCCAAAGAGGUGCAAGGAAGGUUAGAGGCAAUAAUGGCGGGCAACCAGCGACAAGUGGCGGCGCGCUGUGCCCUCUACUGUUCAGAGCUGGUUGAGGCCGCUCGCGAAGACGAGCGUCGAGCUGCCAGGGAGAGGCGGGAGCGAGAGAGAGAAGCCCGGGAAGCCGCUCCUGCGCGCUCUGGUGAGCUUCGCGACGAUGGAGGUGCCUGGACGCGAGGCUUCUUUGGAGACAGCUUUGCCAAAUCGCGCGAAGUUCCAUCCGCGCGUGCCUUCGUUCAGCAGCCCACGCUCGAUUCGUGCCAUGCUGAACGAACCAACGAUCGCGACUGUGUUUGGAUUCUUCGCACGGCGUUCACGAUCCGGAACAAGGUCAUCAAUCAACGCCGAUUGAAGGCCCUCGGAACUGGGGCAUCCGAGAGUCCCGAGCUUCCAAAGGAAAUCGAAGAGGAGGCUCCGUCCACAUCUUCGCUGAGAUAUGCCAAAACCAUCGAUCCCAAGUUGGUGGAGUCUGGGGACUUGGCAACCUGGACAGCUGUUGCACAGGAGCAUGACAUGUUUCUAAAGCUUGUGGGCCCAGCCGUCGAUCGAAAACGCAUGGCAGCCAUGGCAGCCAUGGAACAGGUUCAUAGCAGAGGGAGAAAUAUAUUUUCAUCGCAGAACUUGGCGUGUCAGAUCGCCCGCUGUCUCCCGGUGUUGCGGCUUCCCGCCUUCCGGCGCUGCAAUGCGAGCUGCCUCAGCAGCGUCACGGUCUUGCUGGAGAACGACAAAUCCUUGCAAGAAGAAUUUGACCAUGCAUUAUCCUCACUGCUGGGCAGCAUGGACAAGCGAGUCUGGGUUGGGAUCCGACUCUGCCCUCAUCAAAGUCAGCUGUCGCCGUUGACAUCGGAGCGCCGCCGUGUGGUUCAGCGCUGCAGCGGCGCCGAGGUGUCGUUCUUCUUUGAUCCGAUCUUCAAGGAAGAUGCCAGGCAGGUGGAUGUUUGGAGUACUCUCCAGGCGCCCAUGAUGAGGACGCUGCUGCGACGCGAGCACUGCUGCCUCUUCGCUUAUGGUCAAACUGGCUCCGGCAAGACCCACACCGUCUUCGGCGACCCCAGCAGUGACGACUCGAAGGGUGUGGCCUUUCGUCUGACUGAAAACCUCAGCAAGAUUCUGAACGGUUUCCAGCAAACUCGCUGUGAGGAGGGGCAGGAACCGCAGGAGAGCGUGAGCGUGGAGUUUAGUUUUUUAGAGGUUUACAACGAGAAGAUUCACGACUUGCUCUCCAACUCCAAACUUUGCACUCUGGCAGGUGAGCGUGACGAGCUCGCUCCGGGCAGCGCUUACAAGGCCCCCACCUUGUCGGCCGAAGAGCGUGUAGUGGUCAAGGGCCUCACACGAAGGAGGUGCGAAGUGGAUCAGCUCACUGAGCAGGUGAGCGCCUGGCUUCACGAGGGCGCGGCCUCACGCAUGGUGGGCCGCACCGUCUUCAAUCCGCGCUCCAGUCGCAGCCAUGCGGUUGCCACGAUUCACAUCUGCUGGAAUGACAUUGCGGGCAAGAAAGGCAAUGAGACCAGACUAUACAUCGUCGAUCUAGCUGGCAGUGAAAGGUGCGGCCAAUUCGCCACCAACACCGAACAGCUGCGCGAGGGCGCUCACAUCAACCUGAGCCUCUCUACCCUUGGGCGAGUGGUCUCUGCUCUCUCACGUGGACAGGGCGAUCACGUUCCACACCGCGACUCCGCACUGACCUGGCUGCUGACGGAUGCCAUUACUGGACACCAAGCGCGAGCCUUCAUGAUCGCUACUGUGAACCCAGAGCACCACGCCGAAACCCUCAGCACUCUUCGUUAUGCCCAAGCGUAUUCCAGCUUGCAAAGUGACCUCAGCACCAAGAUCCCGCGCUUGCGCGCGAUGCUUCGUACCUUACAACGGAAGAGCGAGGUGGCCAGGUACGACCUGGACACGCUCUGCGAGGACAUCAACAAAAACAGCAGGUUUGGCAAAACCACAGAAUGGAACCGGCAAACCCUGAAGAGCCGCGUGGUUCGAAUCGUACGACAUGGCGAAGAGCACUUCCAAGGCCACCCGUUUCUGAAGUGGACAGAGCUUCACGCCACGAAGGCCAUCUUGGGUCAAGCUGGUGUGGUGGAAGAGACAGGUCCAGUUCCACCUGAGCGCGACGAAGCCGACUCUGAGGACGGACGAAGGUGGCACUAUCGCACGGAAGGCGAGACGGCGGAGCUGGCGCGUAUUGAAACCAUGGUGACGGGGAUCUCCAGGGUGACGACGCCGCAGGUCCCACUUCUGGUACUUGUGCUCGAGUGGUCUUUGCAGGUGGACGCUGCUAGCGGGUUCCUUGCUGAGUUGCCGCAACCGCACUUCCAGCCUCAAAGAAAAAAGGAUCCGAUGCAGCCCCCGGCUGCCUGGUUAAGUGGCAUUGAUGUGGAGGUCCAUCCUAUGGCCUCUCCGCCCGCUGCCAGCGCUGGCGUAGAACUGGCAGAACUGGCAGAACUGGCAGACCUUGCACCGAGGCCGUCAGCGGUCGUGGAGGAGAAUCGAAGGAAGAGCCUGGUGUGGAUGUCCCAGGAUUUUCGUGGAAUCACUUUGCAGGAGCUGAAAGAGUUGCGCGAUGAGAACAAUAUGACUGAACAGAGAUGGUUCUGCAUGAACUACCCGGUCCAUUGCCAGUUCUCUCGGUCGCUUCGUGACGACGAGAACGAGAACGACACAGCGUCGACCUGUCCCUGGUGCGGCUGUCGAAAUGGGAAGCUUCGCUGUGGAAAUCUCUAUGAGUUGGUCAACGAGGUGGUGAAGCCCAAAUGUCAAGCGCAAGAAAUUUCCUACGUGGAAUAUCUGAAGCACCGCGACGGCCGGGACCAGGGCCGCAAGGUGCAAACCUUUGUGUCUCACUGGUGGGGCGAAGAGUUCAAAGAUUUGGUGGCCUCAUUGGAUCGCUACGCCACCAGUCGCUGCAUCCUGAGACAACGCUUGAAGCUAUGGACCUCGCUCCAUUCGCUCUUAACCCUGCUGUUGAACUUUCUUCUCUUCAAAUUUCCCGAGGGUCAACGGAUCUUCCAUCGCGCCCGAAGGGAGCAUGUUGGGCUCAUCUGUUUGAGAGAACCUGGCAUGGCCUUCUGGUUGGUGGGCUGCAAUUUCAGCAUCACCAUCUUAGUCCUAUGUUUUCUGAUCAUGGAAGCUUUCUGGAACAAGAACCAAGCGAAGAAUUGGACAUUUUGGAUUUGCGCCUUUGCCAAUAAUCAGUACAAACUUGAACAUGCCCUGGGAAAAGGUGGCAACUUGGAGUGCUCCGCCUUUGCCACUGCUCUCAGUGGCGAUAUCCAGAGCGUGGUCUGUAUCAUCGAUCCUGGCUGCGUUAUUUACACGCGGAUUUGGUGCGCCUUCGAGCUGUUUUACGUGAAAUGCGUGUUGAAGGACGAGAAGCCAGAGUUGCCCAUCGUCCUCAUCAACGAGAAGGGCCUCAUCAGCGAGGGCGGCUUGCGCGAUAAGCUGAUGAAAGACAUCCAGGUGGCCAUUGAAAAUGUGCGCACGGCUGCAGCGGAGGCCACACAAGCAUCGGACAAGCGGAAGAUCAACGAGUACAUCUUGGAGAGGGGGCAUUCCUAUGCGCAACUGGAUGAAACCUUGAAGGAGUUGACACAAGUGGGUUUGGAGAAUGUGAGCUUGCGACGCCGCGCUGUUAUGAUUUUUUGUUUCCUCUGCCCGAUGGCAUCCUUUGUUCUGUCCGACCUCAUCUUUUGGUGCGUCAUGCUCUGCCGCCCCGAGAGUGCCGAGUGGGCCGCCUUCCGCAAAGACCGGAAGCUGCACAGCGUGAAGUUUAAGAUGGGUUUCUAUUUCUUCGCGUCCCUCUUCGCCGGUCUCCUGCUACUGUUAGUGGCCCUGGGUCAUGUCGAAGUGACACGUGCAGAGCGUGCAGAGCGAACGGGGCUGGGAAGGUCCAAGGCCUUUGAAUGCCUUAGAGAUCUGAAAGAGCUGAAGAUUCGCCUGAACUGCCCCCAGUUCUUCUCGCGACUGCAAAGUCGGGUGCUGUACAAAAGUUCCGUGACCAUCUCAACGUUCAUGGGACCCGGCUUGACACCCUCUCUCUUGGCAGGAAUCCUCUUGUUGCUGAUGAAGCGUUCCAAAGACGACCACUUUCCGAAGCAGGUGGAGUAUGCCUUAGAGUUUCUCUGGGUCGUUCGCGAAGUUUGGAAUGUGGUGCAGAUCAUUUAUGCCAUCCUGGGCCUAGUGCUGGGUUUCAUCUACUGCUCCAUUCGCGACCGGAAAAUCGGACGCAUGCGAACCUUCCUGGAGGAAAUCGUUCUGUGA